CACAACUGUCUCCUUCUUCAUAGGGACCCUCUUUCAGCCCCACUCUCCUCCACAGCCCUCCACUCAACCGUCUUGUCGCUUCAGUUAUUCUUCCUUCUUCCUCAUCCCUAGCCUUCUCAGCUUUCCUUUUUCUUUUAUUUCCCUCUCUGCAAAACUAAACCAGCUCCAACUCUAUUGCUUAAUAUAAUUCUCGAUUGUUUUACGUCGUACCCAAUGAACUCGCAGAUCUCUGUCUCAUUUUAGGCAUGUUGCACAUCUUGUUCGGGUGGUCCAAGGCAUCAAAAUGCAAAAAGGUGAUCAAAAGAGCUCGGUGCAGGCUCAAGCUACUCAAGAACAAGAGGCAGGCAAUAGGGAGGCAGUCACGGGAAGAUGUGGCUGAGCUUAUAAAGUGUGACCAUCAUGAUUUUGCUGUCAAUCGGGUGGAGCAGCUAAUCAAAGAUGAAACUUUAGCAGCAGCUUAUGAAUUGUUGGAUCACUUCUGUGAAUUUAUCCUGAGCCAACUCUCCUACAUCCGAAGGCACAAGGACUGUCCAAACGACAUCAAUGAAGCAGCUUCGAGCCUGAUAUUUGCAUCCGCAAGGAUUGGGGAUGUUCCUGAGCUUUUUGUCAUCAGGAAGCUCUUUGGACAGCGUUAUGGCCAGAGGUUUGCAACUGCUGCUGUGGAGCUACUUCCUGGGAAUCUUGUAAACAAUCAGUUAAUAGAGAGCCUCUCUUUGAAGUCUGUGCCGGAUGAUCUCAAGUACAGAGUAGUUGAUGAAAUAGCUAGAGACCACUGCCUCCACCCAGAGCUUUUGGCUCUUGAGUACUACCCUGAUUGGCAACAAAUGCAGAAGAAGGAAACCAAAGAAUAUCAAGUUGAGGAAGACGGUUGCCCAAUAGAUGCUAAAAUUGCAGGACCCGAGAUACAUUUUUCAGAGGUUGAAGAGAUCCAGAAAGAAAUCACUUGUGUUGAUUCGCCUAUCAAGAAGUUCUUGUUCAAGCCAACUAGUUCUUGUUUUCUGCGAGAAUCUAACGUAGCUGAUGCUUCUGCAAUAAUUUCUACUGUUCAGAAAUAUCUCCCUUAUAUUCAGAGCUUUCCUUUACAAAAGAUGGAGAAAAUGCGAAACUUCGCCAAGCUACUUCCUCGUUUAAAAGGCGUAAGAGAAUUGGUAGAAUAUGAUAAGAUCAUAGAGGAAUCUCAGUUUUGUGUGUCAGAAGAUGGAUCCUUUCAUGACCAAGGCCUAUUCAAGUUCAGAGAAAAAAGUCGAUUGCGUUUUGAUCAUCAAAGUGAUUUAGGUAAACUGGGAUCAGAAAGCGACAAGUCAAGCAGGAGGAGCUCCAGAAAGAGCAAGAAGGUACAUGAGAAAAGAUCAAGAAGAAGAUCAGCAUCACUUGAAAACCAAUGCAUAAUGGAUAUUGGCUGCUUGAUAUAUUAUCAUAAACCAUCAAGAAAUACCUCUUCUCACAGGACUUGCUCAGGUUACCGCUUAAAGCCCCAAAAGCAUUUCACAGAAGCAUUUCGACGAGCAGAUUGCGCUCACAAGAUACUGAAGCAGCAUAAUUCCUCAGAAAUGAAACGAAAUGCCUGCAGCUUGGACCACCCCUGCUAUUGCUCAGCUCAUGAUGAUGAUGGAGACUGUUUGGAAGCGUUACAAGUGAAUCCAGACAGAGUCACAAGACCUGUACAAAGUGAAGAAAAACCAGUUUCGAAUGAAGAAUCAAACAAGGGAAUGAAAUUGGUUUCCGUCCCUCAGAGAGUAGUGUAUAAUGUAUUCACGUACCCAGAUUGCAAUCAAACAGAAAAGCAGAAGAAUGGAACACCAGAAGCGUUUGCAAGAGCUGCGACGAUGCCCCCAGAACGCCAGAAAGCUCACAGGGACAUGAUGGUGAGGACUUAUUCAUGUCCGUCUGAAUAUCCCAACCAUGUUCAUCCCAAGUUGCCAGACUAUGACAAUAUAGCUGCCAAGUUCAACUCUCUCAAGAAAGAACAUCUCCAGAACAAAGUGACCACCUCGGAUAUUUUAGAAACAACAUCAGCAGAAUAGGGCACGCGUACGAUAUCCAGUUUUCUGUAUUUUCCCAUUCAAAUGGUUUUAUUUGUGCAUUAUUGUGUUGAUUUCCCUUGUUGGGUUUUGCCGUUUUGGCUAUUUAAUAUGCUCCUCACAA